AUGACGGGUUCGUUUCGUCAAGUUGCAAAAUGGAUCCUUCGAAACACCCUCAUAUCUAAGGAGAGCCUGACUCCGGAACUUCGUCUGAGGCUGAUCACUGAGCAGAGCUCACUUUGGCGGAGCAAACCUGAACUAUGUCCUUUCGAUGAUCCAUUUUGGGCAUUUUAUUGGCCAGGCGGACAGGCGGUGACAAGGUAUAUCCUCGACAACCCUCAUCUAUUCAAUGGAGCAAAUGUGUUGGACUUUGGAUGUGGUUGUGGUUCGGCAAGCGUUGCUGCAUCCAUGGUUGGGUCUAGUGUAAUCGCUAACGACAUCGACAGAAAUGCUCUAGUUGCUACCAAAAUCAACUAUCGACUGAACUCUGUCUCCGUUGAUCGAACACAAUUUAUCAGCGAUAACGUACUUUAUUCAACUAAUAUCACUACUCAGGAUUUCUUAACAGUAAAGAAGUCCUUUAUAGUACUAGGAGACAUGUUCUAUGACACAGAAUUUGCGGAGAAGGUGCUGACAUGGUUGAAAAAGUUGAAAGAUUCCACUGGAACGCGCGUACUAAUUGGAGAUCCCAAUCGCCACCCACUCGCCGAAGAACAGUUGAGAAGGUAUAAGAUCAGAGUCGAGAAGAAGCACCUAGCUACAUACUCGCUCCCUGAUUUCGUCAUGAGAGAGCACUAUGGGUUCAGUGGGGUAAACGUGACUGAACUACAAUAA